AUGAACCCCAUCCUGUCAGCGUUCCUCACAGAGCUACCUGGCUGGCUCCUCUUCUCCGGAGUCUUCCUGCCCGUGGCUUUACUGCUCCUCCUCCUCAUUGCUUACUUCAGGAUCAAACUGAGUGAGGUUAAUGAAGAAUUGGCGCUGAUUCCUAAUCAUCAAUACAGUCGAAAGGAUGGUUCUUCCCGGCAUCAGAGAUUAAAACAAACAUGA